UCCAUUGCAGGUGAAGAAGAAUAUCCCAUGAGUUCCAUCCAAUACAAAUCAUCAUCUAAACUAUUUCUAGCAUGUUGUGCAAGCACAUUUGCAACCUUAUUUCCACCCCUCCUUGUGCAACAAAUACUAGCCCACUCUAAUCCAUGGAUCAAAUGGCAAAUAUCAUCCACCACAUUUCCAGAUAAAACCUAGCUUUUAGAUCUUCUUUUUCCUUUACUUUUUAAUUUUUUAUAUUUUGAGAUGAGAGGUACAUAAAAAAAAAAAGUAGCAAAAAUACAAAUUUAUCCUUGCUUUUAACUGGGGUGAGUAACAGAAGACAAAUAAAACUUACCUCUCUCUCUCAUCUCUGUGUUUAAUUUCGUGAUUUGAGUCUCCGAUCUAAGGAUUCUGAGUUUGAGCUUGCUAUGUUUGUGGUUUGGGUUUCCUGUGCAUUUGUUUGUUGGUGGGUUUGGAUUUUUGGUUGUGGUUGGUGAGGCUUGGGCAGUGGUGGAGGUUGCUAGUACAUUCGUUUGGAUUUUUUGGUGGAAGGUUGUGAUUGUGAUUGAGGGCUGUUGGUGGGUUUGGAUUUUUGGUUGUGGUUAUGGGUUUCCUAUGCAUUCUUUUGGAUUUUUUGUGUGGCUGUUGGUGGUGUUGAUGGUAGUGGAAUCUGGUUUUGCCGUUGGUGGUGGUGGUGAUGAAACUGGGUUUGGGUGUGGGUUUCAUGUUCUUCGUGUAGAGUCAAGUGGGUAAGGGAAGAAGACAGUGCAGCCAUGGCAGACAGUGUUGUGAGUUUCCUGUUACAGAACCUGACUCAGUUGCUCUCUCAAGAAUCAAAAUUGCUUGGGGGAGUAGAGGAUCAAGUCAGGUUACUUCAGAAUGAGCUGUCUCUGAUCAACAUCUUCCUCAAAAAUACUGAAGGAAAACGACAUGACAAUGAGUUGUUGAAGGAGGUAGUAAGCCAGAUCAGGGACGUAGCUUAUGAGGCUGAGGAUGUUAUUGAUACAUUCAUCAUCACAGUGACAAAGCACAAGAGAAGAAGCAAGCUGAGGAGGUUUAUCCUUUCAUGUGACCGAGCUAUCUUGUUUCAUGAUGUUGCAAAAAGGAUAGAGAGCAUCAAGAAUUUCAUCAAGGAAAUUUACGAUAAUAGGAGCAAGUACGGCAUAGGGGAAAUAGCCGAAUCAUCUGGAGGAGAUGCAGAAAUGGAGGAGAUGCUGCACAAGCGCAGGAGAUACGUAGAGGAAGUUCGAGUUGUAGGAUUUGGUCACGACUCAGAGGUAUUGGUGAAGCAGCUUAUUGAAGGGAGUUUGAAUCUUAACGUUGUUUCAAUCAUUGGCAUGGGUGGCUUAGGUAAGACCACUCUUGCUAGGAAGAUCUACAACAAUAAUCAUGUCAAGAACCACUUUUCUUUUUAUGGGUGGGUGUAUGUCUCUCAAGAAUAUAAAAUCAGAGACCUGUUGCUUGAAAUUUUGAAGGGUGUGUCACCAAUGCCAAAACUGAAGAAGUUUAUGUUAAAAGUUGAAUUAAAAGAGGAAUUACUUCAAGGUCUGGAAGCUAAGUAUAGCACGAACGAAGAUAAAUUGAAAGGGACACUAAUUGAAGACUUGAACGGUAUCAAGGCAAUGAAUGAUGAAGAAUGCAGAAAGGAAUUGUUUGCGUUCUUGGAACACAUAAGAGACCAUAAAUUGAAAAAAUCAUUGUCAGGUUUCGUGAAAGAUAUUUACGAAAAGAAUGGUGAAGGAUGGCAAGAUAUGGAUGACAAUGAAUUGAAAAGUGUGUUGCUCGAAUGCUUGAAAGACAAGAGGUACCUAAUUGUCAUGGACGACAUCUGGAAAACUGAGGUAUGGAAUGAGGUAAGUGUUGCCUUUCCUACUAACUCCAAUGGAAGUAGAAUAUUGAUCACUAGCCGAAUAAAAGAAGUGGCAUCACAUGCAAGUAGUAUUAAUGAUAGUAUUCCUCCUAUUUCCCCUUAUGAACUCCCAUUUCUUAAAGAAGAUGAAUGUUGGGAGCUCUUCUCUAAGAAGGUGUUUAGGGGAGGUACAUGUCCUCUAGAACUUGAAACUCUAGGGAGAGAAAUUGUGAAAAGUUGUGAUGGUUUACCACUUGCUAUUGUGGUAUUGGGGGGCCUUUUAGCCAAGAAGGAGAAAACGCAUCGAACAUGGUCGAAAUAUGUUGGCCAUGUCAAUUCGUAUCUGACUGAGGAUAGAUCAAGUUGCAUAGACAUAUUGGCUCUAAGCUACCACCUAUUACCCCAAUGCUUGAAACCAUGUUUUCUAUACUUUGGUAUCUACCCAGAAGACUUUGAGAUACCAGUGAGGCAACUAAUCCGACUUUGGAUAGCCGAGGGAUUCAUUCGACAAAUUGGGAAUAGAAAUAUGGAGGACGAUGCUGAAGACUACUUGGAGGAACUCAUUGAUCGAAGCUUGAUUCAAGUGGCAACAAAAAGGCUAGAUGGAGGUGUUAGAACAUGUCGUAUCCAUGAUCUUUUACGGGACCUUUGUAUAUCAGAAAGUGCUGACGAAGAGUUUCUUGAGGUUUGUUCUAAUGAUAACCUCUCACAAAUGAGCAAAUUCCGUAGAAUUUCCAACCACUCUGCCAACCAUCCAUACAUUUCUUCCAACCCUUGUUUGCCUUCAAAUCGUCGUUCUGUAACAUGUUUUGGGGAAGCUUUCGGGCAUAAGAAUCUUCUUGACAAAGGCUACUACUUGAAAUGGCUAUGUGAAAGUAACAAGUUGGUUCGGGUGGUAGAGCUCAGAAAUAUGGUCCGCAUUUGUUGCUUAAUCCCCAAAAAUAUUGAAAACCUGGUUCAUUUGAGGUACUUGAGCAUUUCCUCUGGUAAGUUUUAUGUCAUUCCAGAUUCCAUAUGCAACCUUUGGAAUCUUGAGACGCUGGACAUGAGAAAUUCUGAAAUUAAACGCUUGCCUAAGGGGAUAUGGAAGUUAAAAAAAUUAAGACAUUUAUACUUGGAUGGGCCAACAUAUCUACCUAGACCUGACAAUGAAGCGGGUUUACCCAAUCUUCAAGUCCUCACUGGUAUAUCUUUAAAUUACGACAAAACUGAGAGUCUCUUUGCCCAGGCCAGAUUUCCUAACCUUAGAAAAUUAGGAUUUUAUGGGUUACAUGCGCCACCAUCAUUGGUUUUGACGCUGUCAAGCAUCCAUCCCUUGCGUCAUCUACAGACUUUGAAGCUUCGUAAUUAUGUUAGUCUUUCAAAUCCAAGUUCACUCCAGUCGACCCUAACAAAGAUAACCUUACUGGAUGUGACAGGUUAUCUUCCAUCUAUCUGGAAAGUGUUGGGUAGCCUUACCAACCUCCGAAUACUCAAAAUUGUUAAUUGUAACUGGUUCACACUACAUUGUGAUGAAAGCAGUUUUUGACAACUCGAAGUCUUAAAAAUGAGAGAAGUAACUGAUAUGGGAUGGACUAUGGAGAAAGGUGCAAUGCCAAGGCUUCAACGUUUGGUCUUGGAGCGUUGCAGGUUUGAUAUGAUUCACGUGGAGGAAAUAUGUUGCUUGACUGCCUUGAGGGAUGUGGAAGUUUUACAUCCCAAUUCAAAAUUGGUAGAGAUGCUUCGACAGUUGCAGAUGAGGGAUGGAUGUAAACUCCAAGUCUAUCCACCUCUGAACUCAUCUCUUCCAUGAUUAUCCUCGCUGUUAACUUAAGCCUCUACUGUUUUUGUUUUUGUUUUUUGUUUAUGGAUCUGUGGUGAUAAAUCUGUUUUAGUUUGGAGGAAGGUAUAAUCUUGGAAUUGGGACACUGCUAAAUAAUUGAAAAGCUUAAUUAGUCUA